AUGUCGAAGGACGACUGCAAGGUGGGCUGUAAACACAAAGAACGCAAGCCCAAAAAGCCACACUACAUCCCGCGGCCGUGGGGCAAACCCUACAACUACAAAUGCUUCCAGUGUCCGUUCACCUGCAUGGAGAAAUCACACCUGUACAACCACAUGAAGUACAGCCUGUGCAAGAACUCCCUGUCGCUGCUCAUCGAGUCUGACUGGCCGUAUAAAAAAGAGCAGAUUCGGCUCCAGCAGGGUGGUGUUCGCUCACGUAGCCCGGCUAAGGGUCACUCAGAGCGGGUCGCGGUGUCAGACGAGCCCUCGCAUUCGGCGGCGAGUCUGGAGGAGGGUGAGAAAGGAGAAUCCGAAAGAGAAGCAGAGAAAGACGAAGAAGUGGUGGAGAUGGUUAUGAAUCCUGAAUCUGUGGAAUCGAGAGGAAGCAAGCGAUCAAAGCAAGAAGCCGAACUCGUAAUGGCCGACGUGUUCUCGCUUGAGGAGCAACUUUUGCGAGCACGUUCGGUCGAAGUGGAGUCAAAACUCAGACACUAUAGAUUGUCUAAAACGUGUCUUUCUGGACCAGCUGCUUUGCUUUCAGAGCAAUGGCGCAUCUUAAGCAACCAGACGUCUGGUGCAAAGCCCAAAUCAGAUCCGGUGGCAUCUUCUCUGCCUUGCUAUCCUCCACCGGCGUCAACGGGUCAAAUCGAAUGCCCUGAAACACCGGGUUUCAAUCUGUCUUUGCUCGGCGUUGGAUAUCCAUUGGCUCCUGGACUCCUUUCGUACCUGAAUCCAGCACUUAGCUUACCUGCGAGUACAGCGAACACAACUGCACCGCUGCCGUUCCUGGCAUCAACCCAUGCACAAAGACACUCAGAGCGCCCUUUGCUUCCUCCUCACCUGUAUUACCCUUUCCUCUGUGAGCACACUUUUGGAGCAACGCCUUCCUCAACGUCGUCCGAGACUGGAAAGCUCAUCAAACCGCCAACCGUAAGUCUGCCGGGCCCUUCGUUCCCUCCCAAACUCAACCUGUGGAAGGUCCCGGCCCUGCGGCCCACAUCCUCGCCCGCGGCCUGGCCGUCGCCCUCCUGUUCCUCCCCAGAACCGAGCCACGGCGUAAAGGAGAGGAUAAGGCCAAGGGAAGGGAAGAGCGGCUGGCCGCAGGACGCCUCCUUCAUCAGAGAGCAAAGUCUGAAGAGGACAGCGGCAUCCUUGGACUCCCAUGGUGCACCAGGAGAGAAGAAACCAGCUCUUGAGUUUGCCCUAGACUCUCUGAAAAAUGCUCACAAAUCUACAUCCAUCGCCUCCCUGAUGUCCAGCAGGCUGCCAAUAUACAACAGUGACGUCUCGUCCCCGCCGCAUAUGUCUGAACAGCUGGAGGCGAGACAGAGAGGAAUGGAGAGAGACACAGACCCAGCAGCUGCGCUCCUGCAGGACUUCAGCACGUUACUGCAGGAGUACCAGAACACGGAGCAGCGCGCCGCGUCUCUGCCGGAGCAGUGCCACCUGUGGGCGCACCUGGGAAAGAUCCGGUCGGAGCUGUCGCACAUUCAACAGGCGCUGGAGCACACAACACGCUCCAAUGAAGGGCCGCUCGAUCUAUCCGUCAAAAAAGACCCAGCGGGAAUCACAAACGUCGCCGGAGACAUUCUCGGGGAAACAAAAGACACAGGAGAUGAAAACUGCUCCGAGACGGAAGAAGAUGAGGAGGAAGAGGAGGAUGAUAAAUACGACGGAGAUGUGGUGGAGCGAGGAAGCGGUGUUAAAGAAAGGCAGAAGUGCUCUCUGGAUGUGCUGAUGAAACUGAAUCCGUCCCAGGUGCCUGGGGUGAAGACAGAGGUGCUGUCUGAUGCCAGGCUGGCGAUUCGGCCCGGGACGGCUGAAGCUCUGUGGCACAGCAGAACCACGAAGUGUGAGGCCGACUCAAGUGUCCUUCUCUGCUCCAAAACACCCAACAGACCGCCGUCCAUUCAACAUCUGGACACGCUUUGUCCGACCAGCCCGUUAACAACCACCGACACACUGGUGUAG